AUUCCUUUCUGGGGACUGUUUGCGUGAAAAUGGUUGUGCAGUAGGUGCUUGACAGAUUGUUGGAGAUGCAAUACUGUGCCAUUGCAUGAUGAGUUCCACGAAUGACAAAACGACCGAUUAGCACACCAACACGUGGCAAGUAUGGCGGCAGGCUAUAAUCUUGCUCAGGUAAUUGAGCAACCUGCCAUGCAGAUGAUGCAAGCCCUUUUGUUAUGUCCACACUCGAAGAUGAGCAUCUGGGUCCAGGAAUUUCACGCUAGCUGCUAUCAUCAGUGUGGUAUGGAACACCUUCCCCAUCCACUCUGCUACUACAACUUCAAGGCCGCAGAUUUUCCAUACCCAAAGCAGUUUGUUUGUGUACUCACAACUAGAAAGUGAAUAGAGUGGUGUUCUUGCAACUGGGGAAUGUCAGGAUCAUUCAGUUGAGGCAGACGGGAUGGAUCAUGAGGGUGGGCAUGCUUAAUAUGUGCGCGCUUGGGUUCAUGGAAUCGACCAAGGUGCAUUGUAAGGACCGCAGCUGACGAAUUGUGAUCUGCUUUAUCUUUGAAUGGCCCAGAAUGUUCGCAUUAUAAUAUCCGACAUUAUUGGAGCAGGAGUUGUAUGAGCGGUGUUGCCGUCUAAUAAACUGAUAUGGUUGCUACCCUGCUCUACUGCAGCGGUAUUUACAAUCCCAUAUAACAUGUUUGGGUUUAUUACAUGACAGCAGGAAGCGAUGCCGACGUCAGGAGGCCCCAGAGUGAGGGAGUGCAUCAAGGAGACACUGAAAGUGCGAGGAGAAGGCCGAGGUGGCGAGGUUGAUGGCGGUUGCGUUGACGGAGGCGUAUAAUUUUGACAGUUAGAGCUAUCAGGCGCUGAAGCCUAUUAUUGAGAUGAGACAGGCGGCUGGGGCCGUCAGUAUAGAUUGGAUCGAGGUCUCGGCCAAGAUUUGCACCAGAGUGAUGCUGCUAGCUUGUAUUUGGACUCUGGACCAGGUGCGCGCACUGGUUGAUGAUUGUGCCAUGACCAGGACACGUGGGGUGUGUAUGAGGUUCUCUGUAAGGUUGGACUGGCGGAUAUUUCCGAGUACGUUAGAGCUACGACGCCAGAAGUACUGGUGGUUGAAUCAUGGAGCAGAGAUACGUUGGCUGAAAAGUUGAUACAGUCCAAAGGUGAGUCGAUUCAUGAACAUGUACCUCCUUACCAUACUCCAUAGAUUAAAAUUUUUCCCUCCAGCGGUUUGAGUGAGGAGUUGAGUACAACAAGGGUGUUGGCGACCUGUAGCUGAUACAGGAGACCUGGAUAUGAAUUGCGAUCUCACCUACCCAAUAUCCUAUUCGGUAUUGAUGGUGUUAGCCAAGAGUAUACGGAUAUCACCGUAGCAAGACGCAUCCCGUUUCCCCCCACGAACAACAUGCGCCGAGGGCAAAAAGUGUCGAGAUGGGUGAGCUUUUAGCACACGUCUCUUCUACGCUCAAAGACAACGAUCCGAUGUUGUUUCCCACGAUUCUGCCCAGCAAUGAAUUAUCGUCUUUCCAUCAUAUGUUUGUGGGUCUCCAGGAUGGCUAGUCCUCAUAUCAAUCGUCCAUCUCGCUGUAGUCAUAUAAGUCUUACUAGCUGCAACUCAACCGAGUAUAAGUUAGCAGCGCCGAUAUCGACUUUUCACGUCUGAGAAAUUGUCGUGAGAACACUAGUAAUGCGACUCCUGGCCAAAGCCUCGCUCGGAAGAAGAGUGUCGCCAGUGUAUGUGUGACACCGUCAAAUACACAUACACAAUGACAAGGCAUCAUGCCGUUUUACUUGUAGGGCUGACAGAAUUCGUGGGGUUUAAUUGGGCGAG